GUCAUCCAAAUAAAAAAAAACAAGGCAUUUAUUUUAUUACAUAUUUAUAUAUGAAUAGGUGUUAUUGAAGGGAGUUACUCGACGAAUCCACCGUUGUUUGUUGAUAUAAACAUUGUUGUUUAUGAAAUUGCAAAAAUGUUAGUCACUUUAGACAUGUCAUAAUAAAACGAUCACAUCAUCCUGUGUUGAUUCUAUUAUUGAAGCAGAAUUGCUGCUGCAAACAACGUUUUGAUUGUUUUUUUUAUACAGCUUUUGUAACUUUAAAAAAAUGUCUAGAAAACCGAGUGGUGGUAAAAGAGGCAAUUUGUCCCAGUAUGGCCUUAUUGAUAUCCCAAAUUUGGAUGAUGAUGAACCACUAGAUUUAUCAGAUGAUGAUGGUGAUCUUGAGGCCGAGUUGGCUGCAAUAAGUGGUGGUGGUGGUAAACCUCGGAAACCAAAAAAACUAGCCGCUGUUCCUGCAGCAGACCUAGAUGCUAUGAUAGCAGCCAGUCUAAGAGACAUACCUUCUGAUGAUGAAGGUUCUGGUGAUGACGAUGAUCCAGAUCUCUUGAAUGAGUUGAGUGAACUGGCAAUAGAUGAUGAGCAGGCUCCUCCUCCGAGCCUUAGGCCUGCCCCAGCGCCUCCAUCUGGCUCGGUGGACAACAGCACUGUUAGCUUACUACAGGAGAGGAUAUCCAACUACACCAUAGCAGAGAAGAGCGCUAAAGAGAAGGGCGACAAUACUCGAGCUAGGAGAUAUGGGCGUGGUCUUAAAACACUGCAGGAUCUAUUGGAGCAAGCCAAAGCUGGGAAGCCAAUAAACAAUGAAGAGAUUCCUCCAGCCGUGAGUCUACCUAAACCCGCUGCUGAGGAUCCUGCAGCCCUGGCCCCACCUCCUCGUUCAACAUCUAUACCAACAUCUCCUGACACUCCCAGUGCCCCGGAGGUUCCGCCCAGGACUCGCCAGCCAGAACCAGCACCUGAACCAAAGCCGGAACCUAAAGAGCCUCCACCAAUUCUGACUCCAGAAAAUGAGGAUGAUCCGAAGGCAGAAGGACUCAAGUUCAUAUUGAGAAGAAAAGAGGAAUUCAAAGCGGCAGCGCUUGCAUGCAAGCACGCUGGUGACAAGGCCUUGGCGUUGGAACAUCUGAAGGUGGUGAAGCAGUUUGACCUGGUGGUGCAGGCGUACCGGGCCGGACAGGAGAUGGAUCUGAACGAGCUCCCCACUCCGGAUGCCAUCGCUGCUGCAUUUAAAUCUCAGCCAACUGCCAGUGAAACACAGGGUUCAGCAGGUCCAGCGCCUGACGCGCCGACGGAAGCGCCUGGUCUGAUAACAGCGUCCACCAUUGAUGAGGCACUCAAACAGAGACUUGCUCAUUUUAAGGAGCAAGAGGCGAAAGCGAAAGAGGAGGGUAACUCGUCAAAGGCCCGUCGUCUCGGCCGCGUGGUGAAACAGUUUCAAGACGCGAUCCGAAUGCACGCCGCUGGCAAACCCGUCCCGUUGGACGAGCUGCCCACGCCCAACGGAUACGCGCCCUUCCCCACUGGUGGGGUCGCACCGAAGCCGGCCGCCCCCCGCCCUGCGCCCGCCCCUUCCCCCGCUCCCUCUUCGGCCCCCUCGUCUGCCCCCUCGCCCGCCCCGUCAGCUCGCCGGGCCAGCAACUACGAGAAGCAGCUAGCCCUGCUCCGACUCAGGCAGAAACAGUUCAAAGACGCCGCGUAUAGGGAGAAGAAGAAUGGUAACAUAGAGGGUGCCCGUGAGUAUCUGCGGUCGGCGAAGGGGUUCGAGCCGCUGAUCCGCGCGGCGGAGGGCGGGCUGCCCGUCGACGUCACCUCGCUGCCCCUCCCGCCCGCCGCCGGGAAAACGCUAGAUGAGGCUUUCGACGUAAUCUCGGCUGAGGACUGUACUCCGGCCAAGGACGACGUAUCGCUUGAGGAUGACGACGUGCUGUCCCACAUGGGUCAGCAGCUCAAGUCGCAGCUGCGGCUGUGCGCCACCAACCGCGACCACUGCCGCGCCAUGGGCGACGUGGCCGAGGCCAACCGGUACGAGAGAUUGGCGCUGCAGACUAAACAGGACUUGGAUCUAGUCAGGGUGGCUCAGAGACUAAACCAGGAUCCGCCGAAGUUUCACUACGAGAACCGUCAGUUCUCCAUCGUGCAGUGCAACACGGAGCUGCCCGACAACGUGCUGGAGCUCAACAUCGUGCGCGGCGUCGCCUACAACGUGCCCAAUCCCAGCGAUGUAGACACUUAUGUCAAGUUCGAGUUCGGGUAUCCGCCGGAAGCACCGGUCUCUGACCGUACCGCCGUCAUCAAGGACACGAGCAGCCCGCAGUACGAUGCGACGUUCACGCUGCCCAUCGCGCGUACGUCACGCAACUGCCAGAGAUUCUUCAAACGACAUGCUAUUAAACUGGAGGUUUAUUCCCGAGGGUCGGACAGUAGCUGUAGCGGUUGUAUGUGUUGCAGUGGGUGGUUCUCCAAGGACUCGCUUCUCGGUACCGUCAACGUGAAACUCGCGCCGCUGGAGACCACCGUCACCAUACACGACUCGUUCCCGCUUAUGGACGGACGCAAGGCCGCAGGCGGGACGCUGGAGGUGCGUGCGCGUGUACGCAGCCCGCUCGGCGCGCCGCAGGUCGUCAAGGAGGUGCAUCGUUGGCUCGUGCUAGACACGUGAACUGUGACGUAAUACCAUCGUCAUCAGCCGACGGACGGACGCGGCGACGGACGGGACGCUCAAUAUUCAGACGCGUGGACGCACUAAAGAGUAUAAGGGACUGUCCGCACUGCGAAUUUUAAGCGUGCUGAUUUUUUUAACACAUUGAAUCUUAUGAGAGUACGUACCGUACGUACGUACGUACGUACUUGCGAUAAAAAUUUCGCCAUAAGGUAUGAAUAAAUUCGCAGGAAUUACAUCCGCGCGAUUAAAAUUCGCAGUGCGGACAGUCCUUUAACGUU